AUGCAUUCCCUAGCUAUGCACGAUGUCUAUACCCAGUCACUAUACGACCGCAAACAUCCAGGCCGUGCAUCCAUCUUAUCCGACGCCAAUACACUCUCGACCUUCUCCGCAUCAACGAUCAGCUCAUGCACAAGUUCCGAUGCUCUCCUAACUCCCUCGUACGAGCUCACAGGCAACACCGCCGCUCCUCUCCGCUUCCCCGGCCGUCGUGGACGUGCCCUCACCACCGUCGAGCCAAAUUCCGCCCCAUCUCGGACUUGGGGUUUCGCCACCAAAUCCACUCGGGCUUGUCCUCCCAUACCCGAGCCCUUGAAUCCGAAGGAGCCAGCUGCGAAGGGUCACAAUUAUUUGUUGAGUCCGUUGCUCGGAGAAACCACAUCGCCCAGCAACGAGCAGAGUGUGGAGAGAUAUGCUAGGGAUUCGAAGCUGUCGCCGUUCCCUGGAAUCGCCACGGGUCUCUCGUCUACCAUGCCGACAUCGAUGGCUAUGAUACCGGUGCCGGAGACAAAUUCUGUGGUCGGCAAUAAGCAGAACUCGAGGAAAGGACUUGGGCUGGGACUAGCUAUCGGAGGGAUGUUGAGGAAGGUUAGCGGGAAGUCGCAUAGUGGGGACUUGUGA